CGGUAUCCAGUUAUAUAAUACAUCCAUGGUUUACCGGUGCUAAACUGCUUAACUCUGGGAAAUCCUGCUGCCCUUUCACCCACUUCCCUCUGUUAUUGACCCGUCGGACACAUCAAAGCAAACCCAUGUGACUAGCUCAGGAUGCCUGGCUCAGCCCCGAUUAGUUGCAUGGGACCAUGGCCCAAAGAUGUAGGCGUCAUCGCCAUGGAGCUGUACUUCCCAUCCCAGUAUGUGGACCAGGCGGAGCUGGAGCAGUACGACGGAGUCACGGCCGGUAAAUACACAGUCGGGCUGGGUCAGGCUCGCAUGGGCUUCUGCUCGGACCGAGAGGACAUCAACUCUCUGUGCCUCACCGUGGUCCAGAGGCUGAUGGAGAGGAACGGCUUGUCCUACGACAGCAUCGGUCGACUGGAAGUUGGCACCGAAACCAUCAUUGACAAGUCAAAGUCUGUCAAGACGGUCAUCAUGCAGCUGUUUGAGGACUCUGGCAAUACAGAUGUGGAGGGUAUCGACACCACCAAUGCCUGCUAUGGUGGCACAGCCGCGCUCUUCAAUGCUGUUAACUGGGUGGAGUCCAGCUCAUGGGAUGGCCGUUAUGCGUUGGUGGUCGCGGGUGACAUUGCCGUCUACGCUACAGGAAGUGCCCGGCCUACAGGGGGCGCUGGCGCGGUGGCCAUGCUGGUCGGACCGGACGCUCCGCUGGCCUUUGAACGGGGUCUGCGCGGAACUCACAUGCAGCACGCGUACGACUUCUACAAGCCGGACCUGGUGUCGGAGUAUCCUGUUGUGGAUGGGAAGCUCUCGAUAGAGUGCUACCUGAGUGCCUUGGACCGCUGUUACUCCGUGUAUCGCAACAAGAUCCACGCGCAGUGGCAACGAGAGGGUUCAGAGAAGGGCUUCAGCCUGGAGGACUUUGGGUUUCUGGUCUUCCACUCCCCCUACUGCAAGCUGGUGCAGAAGUCGCUGGCCAGGUUGAUGCUGAACGACUUCCUGAACUACCCCAGCCCCGACACAGAGACAGGACCUUUCGCAGGCCUGGAUGCCUUCAGAGAUGUGAAGCCGGAGGAAACGUACUUUGACAGAGAUGUGGAGAAGGCCUUCAUGAAAGCCAGCGCAGACUUGUUCGAGAGGAAGACCAAGCCCUCCCUGCUGAUCUCCAACCAGAACGGAAACAUGUACACGCCCUCCGUCUACGGCUGCCUGGCGUCCCUCAUCGCUGAACACAAGCCGUCACAGUUGGCAGGACAGAGGAUCGGACUUUUCUCCUACGGCUCGGGAUUCGCCGCUACCCUGUAUUCUGUCAGAGUCACGCAGGACCAAACCCCCGGAUCUGCUCUGGACAAACUUGCCUCCAGCCUGAGCGACCUGAGACCCAGACUGGACUCAAGGAAGAAGAUCUCACCUGCUGUUUUCUCUGAGAGCAUGAAACUGCGAGAGGACACCCAUCACCUAGCCAGCUACGUCCCUCGAGGCUCCGUGGAGGACCUAUUCCCAGGAACGUGGUACCUGACCCGCGUGGACGACAAACACCGCAGGGAGUACGCCCGCAGACCUCUGGACGAUGACCUGCCCGCUGAGCCGGAGGUGGUUCGGUCCAGCUCAGCCACCGAGCACAUCCCCAGUCCUCUCAAGAAGAUGCCUCGCAUCCCUGCGGCCUCAGCUGGAUCUGAAACCGCCACCGGCAACUGAGAACCUCCAGGUCCAGACUUUAGAAACGACACUACGCUAGAGAUGGGCGGGAGGUCCAGACGAGGCCGGGCCACCUCCACACUUCUUCUUAGACUUUAAACUGAGGAGGCGGCGGCAGCUGCACAAAGUCCUGCCUGUGCAGCCCCCAAUCAAACCAGAACAUGGUCAGGUAGAUCGUUACCUGUCUGACCACUCUCAUCUCAAUGAUUAGUUUGUUUGAAUUAUAUUUUAUUUCAGAGCUUACAUUUGAAUGUAUUUGAACACAGUGUGUUUGUGCAGAGUGGACAGUUGUGCGUGGGAGGAGAACAGACUAAAACACUGCUCGAGAGCUCGGCAGCUGCCGCCCAGCUAGAAGAAAUGGACCUAUCUUUCUGUGGCUUCAGGCCUGUUGAUAAAAGAAAAAGAAACAUAACAAAGGGAUAAAAAUUAGUUUCUGCCCCAGCAACACUCUGUAUGUGGGUCCGUGUACUUCGCGGCCAUAGGUUUUUUGUUUUGAAAUGACAAAAUAAAAAUAGAGAUAUAAUCCGUUUCCCAUCUUUUGUUUUGAUAAUAAAAAACGGAAAACGGAUCGUUAUCCAUUAUCCGUUAUCCGAUUUCAUUGAUGUGUUUGAAAAUCGAAAUUGGGAAUUAAAACAGGGUCCGUGUAUCUUUUGGUCAUUGGAUUUUUCCGUC